AUCCCCUGCCUGACAGUUUCUUCCUCUUCCUCCUUCAUCACAAACCCCUUCACUUCAUUGCCACCAUGAGCUUCCACUUGAGCGCCUCGGACGUCCACAUUGACGAUAACCAUAUCUUAGUUGCGGUCCUUAGAGACGAGGAGGGUGAGGAGCACGAAUCCAGAUUGGACCUGGAUGAGUUUCUGGGAAACGACGAGGGCCGCUUCGACUGGGGUGGAAACGGCUUCUCCGGCAGUGCCCGCGAUGUGACCUUCUCCAUUGAGGGCGGUGGUGAGGUCCCAGUGCUGCGCGCGGAGCUUGCCAACUCGGAGGGCGAGUACUUCCCUGCCGACGUCAACCUGUCCGAGCACGUCGAGAACGACAACGGCAAGUUGAUUUACCAGUAGGCGAGUAAAUGCUUGCCUGGGGAGUUGGCUUGAGAGAAUCAUAUACACAGGGGGCACCUACAUGGGUCGAAGUCAAAGAGGUUAGCUGGGCUAGAAAUUUGGCAUUGCUGCUCAUCUCUGCCGUGUGGACCAUUUUGUAUUAUUCCAGUCUGAAUCUAUACCAGUGACAUUCGAGCGAUUACCGCCAGUAGGCAGCU